AUGGGGUUAUGGGUACAGUACUGCAGUUUCUCUGUGCUGCUCAUUGCUGUAUUUCAAGUUGUGAAUGCACAAAACUGCGAUUUCUACAACGGGAAUUGGGUUGCUGAUGGAUCUUACCCUCUCUACGACCCCGCAGCCUGUCCGUUUAUCGAACGCGAGUUCAGCUGCCAGAAGAAUGGCCGUCCGGACAAGAUGUACCUCCAAUACCGGUGGCAGCCCCAGGGAUGCGAAUUGCCACGGUUCGAUGCUAAAGGAUUCUUGCAGAAGCUCAAAGGGAAAAGUGUAAUGUUUGUAGGAGAUUCCCUUAGCCGAAACCAGUUUCAUUCCCUAGUGUGCCUGAUUUAUACAGCAAUGCCCAACAUCAAAUACAACCAAAUAACACAAGCCAAUGUCUCCACAUUCGAAAUCCCGAUUGACAUGCUCAUCUUCAACACAUGGCAUUGGUGGUAUCGACGAGCACCGGGACAACCAUGGGAUUACAUCGAAGUUGGAGGGAAAAUAUACAAAGACAUGGAUCGGAUGGUUGCUUUUGAGAAGGCACUCACUACGUGGGCUGGCUGGGUGGACUCCAACAUUCAUCCUGGCAGAAAUAUGGUUUUCUUUCAAGGAAUCUCCCCAACCCAUUACAAUGGCUCCGAUUGGAACGAACCAAGUUCAAAGGCUUGCUUGGGGCAGGAGGAACCAAUAUUGGGCUCAACAUAUGCAGGAGUUAUGCCACCUGCUGUAGCAGUGCUGGACAAAGUGUUGAGCACAAUUCAAAAACCUGUCAAGUUGCUUAAUAUAACACACCUUUCGCAGCUGCGAAAAGACGGACACCCUUCAAUCUACGGCUUCAACGGUCCCACCGGGAUGGACUGCAUCCACUGGUGCCUUGCCGGAGUGCCUGAUACUUGGAAUCAAAUACUUUACAAUGCUAUUCUUUAA